UGGAACACGCAUGCGUUACUCAGCAGCAGUAGACAUGACUGGCGUUGUCUCUAAUGGACAACGAUAUCAUCAAUCGUUAGAACGGAUGUGUUUAUGUGUAUAUAUGUCGAUCCCGUCCCUCUUGUUUAAAUAACCGUAACUGUAACUCCCGUAAGAACUCCCCCAGUCGUUUACCCAAAGCAGAACAGGCCUGUUGAUAGGCCGAAUUCGUCUUUCUUCGAUGCCUGACUCGUCUUUCUGUUAACCCAACCAUUCUGAAAAAAAACACUUCAAUCACACGAUGGCAUCUUCGGCCUUGCUUACACAGAAUCAGCUGUCUGAAGGUCAUUCAGAGGAGCACCACAGCAGCAACCGCGAUUCUGUUGGAGACACCCGCUCCAGUAGUUGUGGAUCGUGUGAUGAUCAUACCAUGGAUGCUGUAUCCUGCGGGAGUGAUGCCAGUGACUGCUUGCAACCAAUUACCAUGGAGACAAACCCAAUCUUCCAGCACUCUCCUGACAGUGGGACAUUUGGGAGCCUAAGGGAUGCUGACUUACACAUGGCUCCCUCCGAACUGCAAGAACUGCAUCAGCGAAACAAGGAUGCACUCUUGCAGCAUGAGAUUAACAUGAACUUGAACCAUGGCUUACAAUGCAUAGAUAUGAGCAUUGAUCAGCAUGAUAUGCAUGGUCUUGAAGAAAACGAUAACCUUGUGUCUGUUGCCCGGACCCAUCUUGAUGAUAAGCUCAGUGAACAGAUUGGCAACGGUAUUUCAAAUGUGGAGUUAUUAAAAGCUUGUAAAUUAGAUUUCCAGCAGAAACUUGACCCCCAUUCUUUAUCCCUUCCUGUACCCAUUCAGAACAGUGAGCGUAAGAAGCGGCACUGUUCUGUUGAAGACCCUUCAUUGGAUGCACUUAGUUCCGCUGAUAGUGAUCUCUCACGUAGCUUACCUCAUGGCACCAUUGUACAAAAAGGAGAUAUGAUUGAGUUUAUCGCUGACAAUUUGGUGGAAAAAAUUAAAAGGAGCAGCUCCCUCUCAAUGGCAGAUUCCAGCAGCCUACACACCCGGACAUCCAGUGUCCAGAGCUUUGGUAGCAUCUCCAGCACAAAUUCAGCCUACUCUGUCUCGAGAACAUCCUACUCAGGCGUGUCUCAGUCACCCAGCAGCUUGGUGCCACAGAGCCCUGACGACAUCCCUCCUGUUGACCCCCAUGCCUUAAUGGAUCUUGAGACUCAAGCCAAACAGGUGGCUGACCGUUUGGACCACAUGAUGUCUAGCCUCAAAUCUAAUCUUCAUAAGAUGUCUGCCUUGACCUCAGGGUGUUUGGAUGCUUAUAAAAAAUCUGUUGAUAGCACCUGUGAUGCAGUUGAUGCAAGUAUCAAAUCAAUGUAUGCACUAAUGGCAAAGUGUGAAGAACUAGGCAAAUCAAUGACUCCAAUUUACCAACUGGCAAAUCAAAUAAAGGAGAUAAAACGCUUAUUGGAUAUCUUUGAAAACAAGCUUGUAGACAGAUCCUGAGUUUUUCUUUGUUUUUUCACUUUUGUUGCUCGACACUGAUAGUUGUUUUUUUUUCUUUUUUUAACCACCAAAAGAAAAGAAAGACUGAAAAAAAAAGACAAAAUGAAACUACAAUACUACUACUACUACUAUCUGUUACAUCUGCUCAGUUAAUACUUCCAGUUAUCUCCACUUUCUUUUAGUUUUAUAUAUACAUAUAUAUGUUGAUAUCGAACAGUGAAUGCUCAACACUGCAUUGGUGGAUAAAAAUUCUUUAUUUAUGGAUUAAGGCUACCAUUGGUUUCAUGUUAAGAGAGAAAUCCAUUAACAAUUAUCAAGCCUGCCAUAUGACAAUAUUGGUGUUUGAACACUGAUGUUCUCAUAUGGCAGGCUUGAUAAUUGUUAAUGGAUUUCUGUGACAUAAAACCAAUGGUAGCCAUAACCCAUAAAUAAAGUAUAUACAUAUAUAUAUAUUAUAUAUUGGGGGAGGGUAAUAUCCUUUUUCAUUGAAAGGAAUGUAAUUAUAUUUAUGACAUGUCUAUCGCUAACAUUCUUUUUUUUUUAUUCUUCCUGUUGUUGUUUAAUGUUUUUAUUUUUUUGUUAUUAUAAAUCUAAAUCUACUUACAAA